CGUGAUUAUACGGGACCUAGAUAUGUAGUUCUAAAUUUUUUGAUGUAGUGGUUACGUAAACGUUACAAGAAGUAAUGAGCACACUAGUACCUGCCCUUCGAGUCGGUUCUGCGGUUAGCGUGUCCCUCAAAUACGUGAGUCUGUGUGUCCUAGUCAUUCAAACAACAACUCUUGUAUUGACAAUGCGCUACUCGAGGACUUCUGGAGUCGCUGACCGUCUCUAUCUUUCGUCAACAGCGGUGUUCCUAGCUGAGAUUUUGAAGAUGUUCAUCUGUCUGGUUGUUAUUCGUUUUCUCGAAGCAAGCAGUAUAUUAGGUCUUUGGAAACUAUUGAACGAAGAAGUAUUUACUAAGCCGAAAGAAUUAUUGAAACUAAGCAUACCUGCAAUCCUUUAUACAAUACAAAACAAUCUUCUCUUCAUUGCAUUGUCGUUGUUGGAUGCUGCCACGUAUCAGGUAACUUAUCAGUUGAAGAUUUUGACAACAGCUAUUUUUUCUGUUUUUCUACUGCAAAAGUCGUUAGUACGUGUACAGUGGGGGGCAUUAGUUUUGCUGAUGAUUGGAGUUGCACUGGUGCAGAUGCCAAGUUCAUCUGAUUCUCAAACUGCACACAGGCCGUUCUCUAUUAUUGGUUUGCUAGCUGUUUUGUGUGCAUGUUGCUCAAGUGGAUUUUCUGGUGUCUAUUUUGAGAAGAUCCUCAAAGGAUCAAAACAAUCAUUGUGGAUACGAAAUGUUCAACUAGCAUUUGGAGGUAUUUUGUUUGGUCUGGUGGGGGUAUUUACCAAUGAUUAUCAAGCUGUCAUGGAGCAUGGUUUCUUACAAGGCUAUAAUACUCUGACAUGGAUUACUAUAUGUUUGCAAGCAUGUGGUGGACUGGUGAUUGGUGUUGUGGUGAAGUAUGCAGACAAUAUUCUCAAGGGAUUUGCCACCUCGGUCUCUCUAGUUCUUUCUGCUGUUGUUUCAUUCUACGUACUGAAAGAUUUGCAUCCUUCACCGUAUUUCCUAGCCGGUGCAUCAUUAGUGAUAUUUGCCACCCUUCUCUACAGCCGUCCUCCGCCACAGAAAUUAAGAGCGCACGGUAACACUAUUUUGUGAUGGUAACACGCAAUGACAACCGCGUCAGGUGUGGUCGUUGAUGACACGUCUAUCUAUUGUGAUACUAGUACACGUAAUCAAUGCAUAAUUUCUGAGCUGGGUAAACAAUGGAGGCAGUUUGUCCUGAUUUAUCUUAAAUAUAGAGCUACUAGUAAAACUCUUAGCCUAGCGUCUUCGACCGUUUUAGUACACUAGCUAGUGAGCUCAUUUACUGUAAUUGAGACAUGUGGUAAUUGUCUCACUUAUUUAGCAUUGUAAUUACGUUAUUGCCCAUGUUA